GAGCUGCAACUCUGUAGCACUGGGACUGUGCAGGUGGCCCAGGCUAGGCGUCCUCAUCUGUGGAACGGGGAUGCAUGUAAUGCCACACGGCAUUUAAACAGUGCCUAUCCCAUAGUUAGUGCUCAGUAAAUGUUUCUUUUCUUCUCCCUCCCAUUCCCUUAAUUUCCACUAACUCCCCAGUGUGUAGCCUUUCUCUCUUUCUGAGCGACUUUUUCUUUUUCUCUCACAGACAGUCCUAGAGGAGAAUGCCUGCCAAGAACUCCUCGUCUGUGACAGAGUUUAUCCUCGCAGGCUUAACGGACCAGCCAGGACUCCAGAUCCCCCUCUUCUUCCUGUUUCUAGGUUUCUAUGUGGUCACUGUGGUGGGGAACCUGGGCUUGAUAACCCUGAUAGGGCUCAACUCUCACCUGCAUAUUCCUAUGUACUUUUUCCUCUUCAACUUGUCCUUUAUAGAUUUUAGUUAUUCCACUACCAUUACCCCUAAAAUGCUGAUGAGUUUUGUCACAAAGAAGAACAUGAUCUCCUAUGCAGGGUGUAUGACUCAGUUUUUUUUCUUCUGUUUCUUUGUCUUUUCGGAUUCCUAUAUUCUAUCAGCAAUGGCGUAUGACCGCUACGUGGCCAUCUGUAACCCACUGUUGUACAUGGUCACCAUGUCUCCCCAGGUGUGCUUGCUCCUUUUGUUGGGUGUCUAUGGGAUGGGGGCUUUGGGGGCUGUGGCUCAUAUGGGAAACAUAAUGUUUAUGACCUUUUGUGCAGAAAACCUUGUCAAUCACUACAUGUGUGACAUCCUUCCCCUCCUUGAGCUCUCCUGCAACAGCUCUUACAUAAAUUUGCUGUUGGUUUUUAUUAUUGUGACCAUUGGCAUUGGGGUGCCCAUUGUCACCAUUUUUAUCUCUUAUGGUUUUAUUCUUCCCAGCAUUCUCCACAUUAGUUCUGCUGAGGGCAGGUCUAAAGCCUUCAGUACCUGCAGCUCCCACAUAGUUGUGGUAUUGCUUUUCUUUGGGUCAGGAGCUUUUAUGUACCUCAAACCACCUUCUAUUCUACCCCUGGACCAGGGGAAAGUGUCCUCCAUUUUUUAUACUGCAGUGGUGCCCAUGUUUAACCCAUUAAUCUACAGCCUGAGGAAUAAAGAUGUCAAAGCUGCCCUGAGGAGAACCUUUUGCAGAAAAUUCUUAAAUGAUUGAGAAAGGGAAUCCAAACCUUUGUUAAUCAGGGUGUUUCUUUUCUUUUCUUUUCUUUUCUUUUCUUUUCUUUUCUUUUCUUUUCUUUUCUUUUCUUUUCUUUUCAGUGAGGGAACCAUUGCCAGUGCUUUCUCUGCUAUACUUGAGAAAAAUUUUAACUUUUAUUCUUAAGUGCUCUUAUUCCCUGCACUGCUUAUUCAACCCAACGAUUCCAAUUGUUAUUUCAUGAGAAUAGUUUCUACAAUUAUACAUCGUUUAAUCUUGAAUAGGCUUAUGGAACCAUUUUACUUCAGUCUCCUCAUACGAUACAUCACACUCAUAAAUAUUGUGUAAGCUGCCAAUGUACACACAUGUACCUGGUGCCAGAGCUGAAACUGGAGUCCGGGCUCUUGAAUUUUAAUCUACUCUGCUAUGUUUUCCUUCAGCUACAUUUUCUUGUUCCAUCUUUUCCCCAACUGAUUUCAUUUUAAAGUGUUUUUCUUUUUUUCAGAUGUCAUGUAACUUUCCAAGGGUUAAUUUUUGGAAUAACAUUUUUGCAAGAGUGUUGGAAGUGAAAAAUAUGGGUGAUGUGGUCUUGAUGAAAAGUUAAGAGAAAUUUUUAAAGAGUUUUGGGGUGUGUGAGUGAGAAGUAGUUUAGAUUUCUUAUAUAAUCAAGGAUGGUGACCAUGGAGAUGGUAUAGAGCCUUAAGGGUCAAGGCUAAUAAUAUAAGGCCUUCUAAGGCAUAGAUAAACAGGUUUGAAGGAGUUAAGUAUGCUAGAUACAGGCUUCAUUCUUUAUUUGAAAAUUAAGGGAGGUAGAAUUUGGAGCCUCACCUCAAGGGUCUGAAUAAUCUACAUUAAUAAUAGACAGCUCUGGGCAAGUGCUAUUAGAACCACAGCAACCAACUAGUUGUCAGGAGAAGCAAUUGCUAUUGUACUUUAAGACACUGCAUAUAUCUGUGACCUUCUGUUAAUAACAGUAGGGCAUAAAGGAAAGAGAUGGUGGUCUCAGGAGAGGUCAUAUAUUCACAGCAUUGGGUAAGUGUAAGUACAACUUUAUAUAAAGUAUCAGAAGAAUAAUGUUUUUGGUCUGAACACAUUACUAAUGGUAACAAUUCUUUCAGAAGUCAUGGCAUAUGAACUGUCUGGGAGAUAGUUUAAUUUACAAACUUAGGAAAGUUAUCUUCUAUUAGAAAAAGAGAAAGUUUGGAUUAAUGUUUAGCUUUUUCCUUUGAAAUGUUUCAGUUUAAUCAGGAUAUGGUUAAGGAAAUGAAAGUGUAGGGGAGGACUGUGUUUUGAUGCUAAAGGAGAGGAAUGAUUAUUAAAUUCGAGACACAUGUUUUGAGGGUGCAGUAGGAGUGGUGGAGAAUCAGUACAAUGAAAACACCCUACCCCUUCUUAAAUUGAAUCAUAAUUUUUGAAGUGAAGUGCACAAACAUUAACUGCUCAAUGAUUUUUUUUCACAUCUAUAAGGCUAUGAUUACAUACCUCCACCCAAAUGAAAAUACAGAAGAUUUUUAUCAUUUCAGAGUAUUCCUGCUGCUCUUUCCCAGUAAUUACUACUCCCUACGCUCUUCCUGGUGAUAUCCACUAUUCUUACUUUAUCAUCACAGUUUCAUUUUUCUCAUGCUUCAGCUUCAUAUAAAUGUUAAAUACUGCAUUUACUUUUUUAUGUUUCACCUAACAUAGAGAGUCAUGUGAGAUUCAUCCACAACACUGUUCUUGGUUACUGCGGUUUUAGUAUUCCGUUGUAUGAAGGUAGAGCAAUUUACUUAUCAAUUAUCUUCUUUAUGGACAUUUGCCUUGUUUUCAAUUUCUGUAUAUUAUUAAUAAAGCUGCUAUAAACAUUCUUGAACAUGUAUUUUGCUGCAAAUAUACACUUACUUUGUUUGGGCAUAUACCUAGAUGUACAUUUUAUGGGUCACAAGAUAGGCAUAUGUUUAGGCUUCUAAAAGCUAUCAAAUUGUCUCCCAAAAUAUUUAACCUGAUUUGCACUCCCAUCAACAAUUUCCAGAAAAGGAUACUCUUCAUCUUUAUGAACACUUGUUAUUUUCAGCAUUUCUCAUUUUAAUUACUCUGUUGGGUGUGUAGUACAAUGUUGCUUUAGUCUUUUAAAUAUUUCCCUAAUAAAUAAUGAUUUUUUUUUGA